ACUCCAGAGAGGAAAGAAAUAUCCAAAACCAAAAUUCGGGCCUUUAAGCAAGUUGUUGACAUUCCAACAUCCCAAACCCCAUACCCUGGUCAACAUUUGAUUUCAUCUUCAUUUCUCUCUGCUCUCUAUUGCCGUCACCAUCAUCAUCUGCAAGCAACUACUGUCUUCCAUUCACAUAACAUUUCUGGGAAAGAAAGAUAGUACUAAUAUAGCCAAGUUGGAAGGAAGUCUCCGCGAAGCUUCUUCUGAAAUUGGACCGUCUUCUUCUUGUCCGUGGUCGUGGAUUGCAGCAUAUUCUCUGUUCGCAAUACAAGUUUUUACUAGUACUAUUAGGGUUCUGUAUUUUGCGUGCUUUCUUUCUAUCAAUCACAACUUUUACAUCGAGGACUUCUUAGUACCUAUGAGAGUUCUGAGGUUGAUUACGCAUUGAUUCCAUUUUCACACGUGAGCUGGAGCUAUGAAUCACCAGCAGGAGAAGCUUGUUAGGUUCCAGGGUUGGGAAUCAAUUGCAGGCUCAGAAGGCCAAUAUGCCAGUAAAGAUGUUCUUCAUGUUGGAAACUUUAGAACAAAAAUAAACUCAGUCUCUGACAAAUUUUGUGGAGGCUUUGAGAGUGGCUCUGAAAGGAUCAAAAGUUUUAAAGACUCAUUGCGAUCCUGUUCAUUAACUAGCCUUUUGCCUAAAUGCUUCCGAUCUAGCAACAGAACUCUUGAUCCACAAGGCCUGUUCCUUCAGAAGUGGAACAAGAUAUUUGUACUCUCGUGUGUGAUUGCUGUCUCUUUGGAUCCCUUGUUCUUUUACAUUCCAGUGAUUAAUGGCCAUAAAAAAUGCCUUAGUUUCGAUAAAAAGUUGGAGGUCACAGCAAGUGUUUUGCGUUCUUUCACGGACAUAUUUUACCUCAUUCAUAUUAUCUUUCAAUUUCGAACUGGUUUUAUUGCCCCUUCUUCCCGUGUUUUCGGGAGAGGUGUCUUAGUUGAAGAUUCAUGGGCAAUAGCAAAGAGAUAUCUAUCAUCCUACUUUUUGAUUGACAUUCUUGCCGUUCUUCCACUGCCUCAGGCUGCAAUAUUGAUUGUUAUUCCUCGGAUGAGGGGUGCAAGAUCUUUGAACACAAAGAAUAUGUUAAAGUUUGUUGUGUUCUUUCAAUACAUACCAAGGGUUCUUCGUAUUUAUCCACUCUAUAAAGAAGUCACAAGAACUUCUGGUAUACUCACGGAAACAGCAUGGGCUGGAGCUGCAUUUAAUCUUUUCUUAUACAUGCUUGCCAGUCAUGUUCUUGGAGCCUUUUGGUACUUGUUUUCAAUAGAACGUGAAACCACUUGUUGGCAGAGUGCUUGUGGAAAUCGGACUGAUUGCAUUCAUGCAUCACUCUACUGUCUUGAUGAUCACUUACGAUUUAAACAGUUUCUAAAUGAUUCCUGCCCCAUACAAACACCAGAUACCACACGUUUUGAUUUUGGUAUAUUUCUCAAUGCCCUUCAGUCUGGUAUAGUGGAAUCAAUGGAUUUUCCUCGAAAGUUCUUCUAUUGUUUCUGGUGGGGCCUCCAAAACCUGAGUUCUCUUGGUCAGAAUCUCAAAACAAGUACCUUUGUCUGGGAAAUUUGCUUUGCAGUCUUCAUUUCCAUCUCUGGUUUGGUGUUAUUUUCAUUUCUCAUUGGAAAUAUGCAGGCAUAUUUGCAGUCUACAACAUUAAGAUUAGAGGAGAUGAGGGUAAAACGACGAGAUGCGGAACAGUGGAUGUCUCAUCGUUUGCUCCCUGAAAGUUUAAAGGAGCGGAUCAGGCGAUAUGAACAAUAUAAAUGGCAGGAAAAUAGGGGUGUUGAUGAGGAAAAUUUGAUUCAAAACCUCCCCAAAGACCUCAGAAGAGAUAUCAAACGCCAUCUUUGUUUGGCUCUGCUAAUGAGGGUUCCAAUGUUCGAAAAAUUGGAUGAACAACUCUUGGAUGCAUUGUGUGAUCGUCUUAAGCCAGUAUUAUACACCGAACACAGCUUCAUUGUGCGGGAGGGUGACCCAGUUGAUGAGAUGUUGUUCAUAAUGCGGGGCAAACUGCUAACUGUGACCACCAAUGGAGGAAGGACUGGCUUUUUCAACUCUGAUUAUCUAAAAGCUGGUGACUUUUGUGGAGAGGAGCUGCUUACUUGGGCACUGGACCCCCAUUCAUCAUCUAAUCUCCCAAUAUCAACUAGAACUGUUCAAGCUCUCUCAGAGGUCGAAGCAUUUGCUCUAAUAGCAGAUGAUUUGAAAUUUGUGGCCUCACAGUUUCGUCGACUACACAGUAAGCAACUUCGCCACACUUUUAGGUUUUACUCUCAGCAAUGGAGGACAUGGGCAGCCUGUUUUAUACAGGCAGCAUGGCGCCGCUGUUGUAGAAAGAAGCUAGAAGAAUCUCUUCGUGAAGAAGAAAAUUGGUUGCAAAAUGCAUUGGCAAAGAAUGAAGGGAGUUCACCCAGUUUGGGUGCCACUAUCUAUGCCUCAAGGUUUGCUGCUAAUGCGCUUCGUGCUUUACGACGCAAUGGUGCUAGGAAUUCAAGGUUGACAGAGAGAGUGCCACCAAUAAUGCUUCAAAAACCAGCAGAGCCUGAUUUUACUGCUGGUAAUUAGGUAGGUUAUUGUUUGGUUAAAUUGUGUAUUUGGGGCUUUGCCACAAAUGACAUUAUGUUGUAUAUGCUUUCAUAUUUGUUUGGUUAAUUGUGUAUAUUAUGUAUGUUGUAUAUGCUUCAUAUCCAUGCAAAGGUAAUUUUUCGAGUGAGUGAGUAAGAAAUGAAUGAUUUCCAAUUUUUCUCUUUGUUUUCUAAAUAUUUUCAAGUUAUCAAUAUCGAGACAAGAAUGAUGUAAUGGAACCAUUGAUGACAUCAAUGUAUUGAUAGAAAUGUUCUUUUU